CGCGGGGAUCAUUUUCCUAUUUCGCUUCUCGACUUCCCCAAUCGGCCACCCCCCACCUCCGCCUUCCUUCCUGGCCAGCGCGGCGGCUUAUGGCCUCCAUGACCACACCUCGGCUCCCCUUCCUCCCCGCCCGAACCCGCUCCGCCGUCGCCGCCACCUCCUCUUCGUCCCCCUCCUCCCCGCUACCACGCCGCUCCAUCAAAUGCAGCAGCUCCACCAACGCUAACUCGGCCCCCCUCCCUUCCACAUCGCGGCAGCCCCGGGCGCCCGUGGCGGACGGCGUAGGGUCCGCCGACCUCAACGGCCUCCGGGCCCCGCCUAUACCUGUCGCGGACUCCCCUCUACCCGCGUACCGCGAUCCGCACGGGCUGCCUCGGCCUCUCACUAGUGCGGAUCUGAUGGAGUCGAGCGGGGAGGGGCUCAAGGUUGCCUACCAGGGCUUCCCUGGAGCGUACAGCGAGGCUGCAGCAAAGAAGGCCUAUCCAAAUUGCCAGACAGUGCCCUGUGAGCACUUUGAUACUGCAUUUCAGGCUGUUCAAAACUGGAUAGUUGAUAGGGCGGUACUGCCACUUGAGAAUACUCUGGGUGGUAGUAUACAUCGGAACUAUGACCUUUUACUUCGGCAUGAGCUGCACAUAGUUGGAGAGGUUCGCCUUGCAGUUCGGCAUUGCUUGUUAGCCAAUCGUGGAGUGAAGAUCGGAAACCUAAGAAAUGUCAUCAGUCAUCCCCAGGCUCUUGCGCAAUGUGAGCAUACGCUGACAGAGUUAGGAAUUGAACAUAGACAGGCUGUUGAUGACACUGCUGGUGCAGCAAAGUUAGUCGCAGAACAAAUGCUCCAAGAUACUGGUGCUGUUGCCAGUUCAUUAGCUGCUGAACUUUAUGGACUCGAUAUUCUUGCUGAAAAUAUUCAGGACGAAAAAGUCAAUGUCACCCGUUUUAUGAUGCUUGCUCGGGAACCUAUUAUACCUCGGGUUGAUAAACCAUUCAAGACUAGUAUUGUGUUUUCACUUGAAGAAGGACCUGGACAGCUCUUCAAGGCACUUGCAGUUUUUGCACUGAGGGAAAUCAACCUCACCAAGAUAGAAAGCCGUCCACACAAGAAAAGGCCUUUUCGUGUAGCUGAUGAUGCUUUCUCCACGCGAGUCAAGUACUUCGACUACCUGUUUUAUGUCGACCUUGAGGCGUCUAUGGCUGAUCCAAAAACUCAGAAUGCUCUCAGAAAUUUGGAGGAGUUUGCAACUUUUUUAAGAGUCCUGGGGAGCUAUCCUACAGACGUGAGCGAAGCUUGAAUAGCAAGUGCUUGCCGCAGAUCACAUGUUAGUGAUUAAUCAAUUGUGUGCCUUUCUCUUAAUCGGAUAAACAUCCGCCUUUGAUAGCUGCUGUUUGGUGUAAUGAAAUAAACAUAGUUCUCCAUUAUAGAGUCAGAAACAUGUAGCUCUCGGAGCAUAUUUCCUAGUA